AUCUUGAUUUUUAUGUCGCUUCUGUUUUGAAGUUUUGGCUGGCAGUCGAGUCGUCGUGUUUGUGCUUUUAUUAUUCGUUGUUUUUUUUUCCUGUGCGAACAAAAUCGUCCAUAUUUACAAAGAGACCAUAAAGUUUCAAUUGGAAGGGUCGUCCCCAGUCGAAGAGAUUUUCUGGACACUCGGCAGUGAUAAACCGUGCUGGAAAUGGCGUCUAGCAGUGCCGGAAGCGGCGAAAACAGUAACAACAGUACUAGCAGCAGCGGAUGGUACCCGCAGGUGGUUGAACCGAAGCGGAAUGGAUUGGAGACGAAAUCCGCAGGGGCGCCGGAUUUUGAGGAAGAAAUAUCGAUGGCUUCGAUCGUCGGUGUCUCCAGCAGUGAUCAUCGAUUCUGUCGGUUGUGUUUGUCUAAGGAGCAACAGCUGAAGCCGCUGUUUCCCCCGAGUGGAACUCCGGAUGAGGCGCUACUGAAGAGGAUUCUUAAUUGCCUCACCAUUGCUCUCACGUUCGAAGAAGACUACGAUACGUUUGUUUGCCGAGUCUGCGUCCAAGAAGUGUCGAAAUUCUUCGUCUACAAAGAACAAUGUUUGGCGAACGAUGCCAUAAUCCGCGGGCGCCUCAAACCCGCAAAAGUCAACUACUACGGUGGCGAACAAAAAACACAACCUCCGGACGAAGACGAAGAGGAGCAAGACUUUGAACCCAUAGAUUCCGACGAAUUCGACAUCCCGGACGAAGAGGACUACAACACACAGACGGAUAGCUCGGCAAACUUCUACGAAUCGCCCAGCGUCAGCUCAGGAACCGGUCUUGCAUUGGAACCAUGGAGGAUGAAGCCGCUGCCCAAACAACGGGCGCGCCGGGAAAACGUCCAGGACUACUAUUACGGGGGAUACCGUUACACUUGUGCCACUUCCCGUGCCAACGGAAAAGUCCACUGGAGGUGUAUGUACAAGUCGAAGCUCAAAUGUCGCGCUGCCAUUCUGGUUUCUCCGAACGGAACCAUCAAUACCGGAUCACAUCGCCAUAAUCAUCAGCCAGACAAAAAGAAACAGGUCCCCAACGUCGCAGAUGGAACCAUUAUAGACGUGCACACUGGUCAGAAAGUCACCUACAAGAUGAUCACGAGCCAUCGAAGUCGCAUCCACCAAACGCAGAUGAUCUGCAAUGGGUACAAGUAUCGCUAUGCCAGGUCCACCCAGAAGCAAACCACCUACUGGCGAUGCAUGAAACACAACGGCAAGGAAAAUUGCAAAGCGAUUCUCUCGUUCCGGAUGGACUUCAGUGCGUGCUCUUCGAACGGUCAUCCGCACAACCACCCGGCGCAGUACGACAUGAGCAAACCGCUGCCAGCUGUCCUGGAUGACGAACCUCAAUUCCCGGAAGAAGAGAUCCGCAACGGCAAGGAAACAUCCACGGGUACGGCGAAAGUACUUAAAGGUCACAAAAAGAACGUCAUGGUUCACAAGGGGUAUGAAUUCGGCUUCCCGCGCAUCGAUCGGCAGUACUCGAGGUGGGCCUGCUUCAAGAAGAGUCUGUUCAACUGUCCGGCCAAUUUGAUUACCAACGCCGCCGGGAGGGUCAUCAAGGAGAGCGAGUGGGCGCAUAACCACGGACCGGAUGAUGACUACGCCAAGGAAACGAUAAUCGAAGGGUACAUGACGGAUGCCCGGACUAGUGAGCAGGUUUACUACAAAUUGAUCCCGGGAAAGCGCGGCCAGCGGUUCGUCCUGUACAAAGGCUAUCGCUACUCGUCGGAUCGCUUUAUGAGCGAUGGCCGCAUGGCUUGGAAGUGCACCAAGUGCAAGGUGUUCAUUGUGAUCGAGGGGCGUUUUGGUUCGUUCGAAGAUCGUGGUGGCGAACAUGAGCAUCCCGCCAUGGAGGAGGACGAUGAUGCGCUGGAUAUGGGCUCGUGUCUGCAGGAACUGCCCGGGAUGGAGGGCGAACAGGAUCAGGAAGAAACUGAGGGAGCCGAGGGGGACAUGGAAUUUGGGGUGAAGAAUGAAGUUGAUGACGAGUACGGAGAAGAAGGGGAUGAUGACGAUGAGGACUUGGAGGAUGAUCAGGAUGCAUUCGCCAGCGACGAAGAACAGUUGAUCAUUCCGUAGGAAGUUUUCGACAGACUGUUAGAGGUAAGUACAGAUAUAUCUACGUAUGAGAGUCUGAUUUCCGUUUGAUCCAGUCAUUAGUGUAGUAAGUCAUGGACAUUUAAGCCAAAUUUGCUGUAUUCGUUCGGAUAGUGACCGUUAGUGAACCAGGUGGAGCUGGUUAUAGUUGUAAAUAUUAUUGAUGGUAUGUUUUACAAUUGAGA